CUGUUUCCGGGGACUCGAUGCAGCGGCUGGCGGCCCACUUACCCUCCGCCACGCGCCUCCUUAUCAGGCGGUGGCCGGGGAUCUACAGAGCCGUCAACCACACGCGCCGCUGCCAUCUUCCGGUUCGAUGAUGAUGACGUCGAUUCCGCGGCGCGUGCCCUGUUUUCCCAAGCCUUCCCUUACCUCAGCUUCGCCUACGCCAUCAUAUUAGCCCGAACCUUGCUCCAGGUGAUAACCCACGAGCGGGUCGUCCAUCUUGUUGACCUCGGGUCGGGGGAUCCGAAGCUUUGGGUCCCAUUGCUGCGUAGUUUCGCCCGGCUGUCCAAUGGGCCGCCGCAUUUGAAGGUGACUUGCGUGUCAAGCAACCGAACCGUGCUGGAGAGGUUAGGGCAUAGGCUUGUGAAAGAGGCUGAGAUUCUUGACCUCCCUUUCCAAUUCAUUCCCUUGAAUGUCGCCGUUCAGGACCUCACCCCGGGUUUGCUCGAGAUCCGGACCGGCGAGGCUCUCGCCUUUAUCUCCAUACUACACCUCCACACACUUCUAGCUGAUGAUAUGAUCAUGAUGUGGUUCUUAUGA